AUGGCCAUUACUACGUUACCUGCUGGAGGAGAUGCCAGUGUUGCAUCGGUCCACCAGUCUUCGAAAACGAAAAUCAUCUUUAUAACAUUAUUGUUCUUAUUGUCUUUAGCUUCGUUUGUUUGUCAAACCGAAUUCACCUCCCAGGCUUAUCAAAUGGGGUUUAGCGAACCUAUUCUCUUAUUACUUUUAACACAUGGGUUAUGGUGGCUAUUAUGGCCAAUACAAGCUUUUGCAGUUUCCACCUGGAGAACCAGUGGUAAGAUUAAACAGAUCCGAAAUAAACGUAAACAAUUGGAACAACUGUAUCAACAGCUGGAAUCAAAUGAUAAUAAUGGAGGUUAUCAAAGAUUAAAUUCGAAUUCUCAGUUAUUAGAACAUCAACCAUUGUCUGCCAUUCCUAUCAAAGAUGUCGAUUAUCUCAGUUAUUUCAAAAAAUGUAUUGUUAAACAAAUUCAUAACGUUUAUCAUUCUUCAAUCUUGGUUUAUGAAGCAAAUGUUAAUGAUGAUAAAACUACUGAAAAUGUUAACCGAUUAUUAGAUAAGAAUCCCCAUCUUUCUAGUUCGAGUUCUAUCACUCAGUGUUUGAUUGACUUGAAUCAUUCUCCGGCUUUUAAAUACAUUUUUUGGAAAAGUUUAAUUAUAACAAUCGUGGUAACCGUUGCUGGUAUAACUUGGUACGCUGCAAUGUCAAUGACUUAUGCUUCUGAUGUUACUGCUAUUUAUAAUUGCUCAGCUUUCACCGCUUAUGCUUUUGCUAUUCCAAUAUUAAAUGAAAAGUUCUCUUGGUUAAAGGCAAGUUCAGUGGUUAUUGCAGUUUCUGGGGUGUUUAUUGUUGCUUAUUCAGAUACUGAUUCUCCUACUGAAACCAAAGCUACAAAUGGUGAUGAAUUAUAUCCUUACAGAUUCUGGGGGAACUGUCUUAUCUUUGUUGGUGCUAUUUUAUACGGUUAUUACGAAGUUUUAUAUAAAAGAUAUCUUUGUAUUCCACCUCAUUUAUCCAAAAUUAUUACCCCUCGUCGUCAAUCAACUUUUGCUAAUUUUAUUAUGAUGUGGAUUGGUAUCUUCACUUUCAUUAUUUUAACUACCGGUUGUAUUCUUGCUCAAAUUUUCCACAUUCACAAUUUCAAUAUAUUCAAUUAUGGUGAAAAAACUAAGACCAUUUAUCUUUAUAUUUGUGGCUCAAUGGUUAAUAACUUACUUUUCAGUGGCUCGUUCCUUUCUUUGAUGGCUUUAACUUCCCCUGUAUUAUCAUCGGUUAGUUCUUUAUUAACAAUCUUUUUGAUUGGUAUAGUUGAAUGGUUAUUAUUUGGUAACAAAUUAAGUUUCCAACAGUUAAUCGGUGAUGUCUUCGUUAUUAUCGGAUUCUCAAUCUUGACUGCUGCCUCUUGGAAGGAAAUUAGUGAAGGGAAUGAAGAUGAUGAUGUCGAAACUGCUAGUACUUUAUCUUUUGCUAUCAGUACCGACGGUAAUUAA